CACAGGUGUGAUUCCCCGCUCUCCCUCCCUCCCGCUGCCGUUUUAUAUCUACAGCAGGAGACUACAUCUACAUGACUGUAAAAAAUAAUAAUAAACAGAAGCAACAUACUGUCAAAUCUAACAGACGCUACUCGUUAAAAUGAAGGUGCCAGAGGAAGAACUAAUGAGCGAUAUUUUGAAGCGAUUAACCGGCGAGUCUGCUCUCCCUGCAUACAGCAACAUCGAAAAGUUCAAACGAGGAAAGGACGGCUUAUACUUUGUCGCCGAGGACUUCACUGAAACUGUGAAAAAAAGAGAAUUGGUCAACGCCAAGGAACGAAUGAGAAUCAGGAACUUGAACUCAAUGUUCUCUCGUUUGAAGCGCAUGGUGCCACUUAUGCGACCAGACCGAAAGCCCAGUAAAGUAGAUACGCUCAAAGCUGCAACGGAAUACAUUCGAUUGCUGGUUGCUGUUUUGCAAGAUGCUGACAGUGAUGACGGCAGUGGGACUGAUUUCCUAAAGAAUGCAAUCACUUAUGGUCAGAAUGACAGCUUGGGCAAUGACCUAUGGAGGGUGGAUGAUUUGCUGAACAUGUCAGAGGAGCACAUGGAAGAUGGAUUUGCCAUGCCCCCAGAGCCGGCAACAGAGGAAGGAGAUAUGACCAGACUGGUGUUGCAACAUUGUGUGAUGCCUGCAUACCAGUUCAUCAUCCAAGUAGCACCUGACCAGACCUUGAUGUCUCAACCCUAGAACAGAUGGCUUGGACCAGUUUUGGAAACCCAGGGGCCUGUUGAAGAAAGGAUUAUUCUUGAAGAAAAUGAAAUUGUAUUUGUUUUAUUUAAUUUAACUUUGGAAAUUAACAUUUUGUUUAAGUAAAUAUGAAUGUGUUUUUAUUUUCAUUUUACUGUAUUAUAUUUCAUGUAACUGUAUUCUUGGCACCCCUUAAAUAAAAUGUGCAAGAAAGCUUAAA